CACGAAUCAAAUGGUGAAGGUUGCAAGUUGAAGCCCCGUUACUUUCACAAUCCAUCGCGCUGUGGUUUCUUUUCUUGCCGACUCCAAAUUAACCCAAAAUUCCCCCAAUCUCAAACCCUAAUUUUCAACAACAUCUUCAUCGUCUCCAUCAGAAUUGAGAUUUGUAGUGCGAAUGGCAUCUGUAUCCAGUCAGCCACAGUUUCGGUACACACAAACUCCGUCGAAGGUUCUUCAUCUGAGGAACUUGCCUUGGGAGUGUACCGAAGAAGAAUUGAUUGAACUCGGGAAGCCGUUUGGUAAAGUUGUGAACACGAAGUGUAAUGUUGGAGCGAACAGAAAUCAAGCCUUCAUUGAAUUUGCUGAACAAAAUCAAGCAAUUGCAAUGAUAUCGUAUUAUGCUUCAUCGUCAGAACCGGCUCAGGUACGCGGGAAAACUGUCUACCUACAAUACUCAAACAGGCAAGAAAUCGUGAACAACAAAACAUCCGCAGAUGUUGCUGGAAAUGUACUUUUGGUAACCAUUGAGGGCAAUGAUGCCCGCCUUGUCAGCAUUGAUGUCUUACACCUGCAGGCAUAUUUCAAGGAAUUAUCUUCGAUGGCAGCAUAUUGCUUUGGGAGAAAGAGCGCAUGUGUUCUCUGCAUUUGGGUUUGUGCAUAAAAUCACAACUUUUGAGAAGACAGCCGGGUUCCAGGCUUUGGUGCAGUUUACUGAUUCAGAAACUGCUACUUCUGCAAAGGAUGCUCUUGAUGGAAGAAGUAUUCCCAGAUAUUUAAUUCCGGAGCUGGGAUCAUGUUCUCUUAAGAUAACAUAUUCUGCACAUACAGAUUUAAGUGUAAAAUUCCAGAGUCAUCGUAGCAGGGACUAUACAAACCCUAUGCUUCCUGUUGCAUCUUCAGCAAUAGAUGCUAGUGGUCAGUUUAGUUUGGGUUUAGAUGGGAAGAAGAUAGAAUCUGAGAGUAAUGUUCUUCUUGCUUCUAUUGAGAAUAUGCAGUAUGCAGUCACUUUGGAUGUGUUACAAAUGGUCUUUUCUGCUUUCGGUCCUGUUUUGAAGAUUGCCAUGUUUGACAAAAAUGGAGGAGUCCAAGCUUUAAUUCAAUACCCUGACGUUCAGACGGCUGUGGUUGCGAAGGAAGCUUUGGAAGGACACUGCAUUUACGAUGGAGGUUUUUGCAAGCUUCACGUCUCAUACUCACGUCACACUGAUUUAAGUAUCAAGGUGAACAAUGACCGGAGUAGAGAUUACACAAUGCCAGCUGCUCCAAUCAUGAACCCACAACCGCCAGUCUUUGGGCAACAGCCGCCUUCAGCCGCCCCACAAUACAAUGCCACCACCCAAUACAUGCCUGGUCCAGAAGGGUAUCAGUCCUCAGCAGGGUGGGCUCCAGGUCCACCGCCACCAGGGCCUCAAUCCAUGCCAAUGCAUAGUCAUCCGUACAUGCCACCUCAGCAGCAGGGUGUGCAAUCUGAAAUGGGUCCUGGUCCGACUCAUUUUAAUGGUCAAAAUGGCUACCAACAAGGCGGACCACCACCUCGUUACCAUCAAUAGAAUCUUGAUUAUCUGUUUGGACCUUUUACGGUUUUUAUUUUAGGUUUUUUGAGAUUGGUUUGUUAUUUAGUAGUGAAAGCGGGCCGCGAAGGCAUCGUUCGACUGAUUAUCUUUGUUUUUUCUUUUGUUGUGUGAACUUCCAAAUUUAUUGCUGACUUACCUGGUCAUGGUUGAUUAAUGGACUUCUAAAUUUUAUAUGGUUCAA